UAAAACGGGGCUAUUUAAAAUUCAUGGGGCUAAUUGAAAUUAUAAAAAUAAAAUAUUUGGAACCUCAUAACAUUUUAUUUUUCUACUAAUUGGAUAUUUUGUUUUCGUCUGGCAACACUCACUCUAAAGCUGUCACCACGCAAUGAAAUUUUGAGGUUAGAAAUGACAUGUGUGUGCUGCAAAAGGGGCUUGCAAAAAAUAUUAAAAAUAUUGCUUAAUUUAUGGCUCUCAUACUUUUAUUUGGUAACUAGUUAUUUUUUGAGUGCAAUUGAUCAUGGUGCGUACAUAUACUAGGAAGUAUACAAAUUCCAGAAAUGGCAAAUCUUUUUUACCUUACCAAAAUUACUCAGCGGAAAAUUUACAAGUAGCAAUAGAGAGUGUAAAAGAAGGAAGAAUGAGUCUUACCGAUGCCGCAGACACUUUUGGUGUGCCAAAGAGUACCUUAAGUAGAAAGACAAGAAAUAUUAACUGUACGCAAGAGACAGCAGGCCAUCCAACAUUAUUUACGCCUGAAGAAGAGAAAGUCUUCAUUAAAUUUGUUUUAAUAGUAGGGGAAUGGGGGUUUCCGUUUGAUACCACAGAUCUUCGUGUAUUUGCCAAGAAAUAUCUCGACAGACUUGGAAAAAAUGUGUAUAAUCUAAAAGAUAAUAUGCCAGGUUAUGAUUGGGCCAGAAACUUUCUUCAAAGACAUAGAUUACAAAUUUCAAACCGUAAAUCUGCACAUAUUUCCAGUGACCGAGCCAGAUUUAGGUCAGAUGAUAUUGAUGCCUUUUUUGAGAAUUAUGUUAAUACGGUUGAGGGUGUUCCUGCAGCGCACAUCAUUAACUAUGAUGAAACGAAUUUAACAGAUGAUCCCGGCAAUAAAAAAUAUAUUUAUAAAAGAGGAUGCAAGUAUCCAGAGCGGAUCAUAAAUAGCUCGAAAACGGCAAUUUCGCUCAUGUUUUCGGGCACUGCAUCAGGACAUCUCUUACCUAUUUACGUUGUCUACAAAUCGGAAAAUCUUUGGGAUACGUGGAUGGAGGGAGGACCAGAAGGGACGAGAUAUAAUCGUUCCAAGAGCGGAUGGUUUGAUUCAACCUGCUUCGAAGAUUGGUUUCAUACCAUUAUAGUUCCCUAUUUUCGUAAUAAGCCUGGACGGAAGGUGUUGAUAGGUGAUAAUUUAUCAUCACACUUUUCGGAAAGUGUAAUAAAAACUUGUGAGACAUUUGUAGUGUAG